GAUUAGAGAUGAGAAAGAGAUUAGCACUGGCAGAAGAGUAGAAGUCUUUCUAUCCAUCUCCACUGGUAAGUCAGUGUAAAGACAGAAGAACUACACAGACAUCAGGAAAUCAGUACUGCAGUCUUCCUUAGGAUGCCUGAUCCAGGUAUUUUCUUCCCUCUACUCAGCAAGUUACCAGUUUCAAGUUCAUGUUCAGUCCUCUGAAGCAGAUGUCUACUGCACGCCUUGGAUACAUGCUCCUAAUCAGCUUACGAGCUUUUCUUGACUUACGCUUCUCUUCCUAAUGCUGAUCUGACUAUGGCUGUCCUCAAAGUAAAAUUCACCAAAACUAAGAGGGACAAAUUGGCUCAAAUCUUAUGGAUCCUCAACUGGGUUUCUGUAGUGAGUGGGGUCAUUCUCUUCAGUCUUGGACUCUUUCUGAAAAUAGAAAUCAAGAAGCGCAAUGAAGUGAUGGCAAAAGGGGACAUUAACUCUGUCCCCAACAUGCUGAUCUCUGUAGGAGUCAUAGCAUGUAUCAUCAACUUUCUGGGUGGCAAAAUCUGCUACGACUGCUCAGAUGCCAACAAGUUCUCUCGAUGGAAACUGGUUAUGCUCCCAUACAUCGUGUGUACCUUCUGCUUUACCUUCUGCAUCCUGCUGGGUGCUCUCAUGUGCUAUACCAUGAGGAACGAGCUGGAAGAGUCUCUCUAUCUGGGACUGAAGGAUGCUAUUAAUUACUAUAAGGACACGGACAUACCUGGACGAUGUUUCUUAAAGAAAACAGUGGAUAUGUUACAAAUUGGGUUCCAGUGCUGUGGAAACAACGGCUUCAGAGACUGGUUUGAAAUUCAGUGGGUAUCGCCUCGCUAUCUGAAUAUGGCUUCCAAGGAGGUUGUGGACCGUCUCCUGAGCAACGUUGAUGGAAAGUUCUUGGUGGAUGGAGUACCCUUCAGCUGCUGCAAUCCAAGCUCCCCACGGCCCUGUAUCCAGUACCAGCUGACAAACAACAGUGCCCACUACAACUAUGAUUUUCUGACAGAGGAGCUCAAUAUCUGGGUGAGGGGGUGCAGGGAGGCUCUGCUAGAUUACUACACAGGUAUCAUGAGGUCCAUUGGCAUCGCAGCAUUGCUCAUUUGGUUGUUUGAGCUCUCUGUACUUAUUGGCGUCCGGUACCUACAAACAGCAAUGAAGAAUGUCCUUCUGCUAGGAGAUCUGGAGGGUGAAUCAGAUGGUUGGUUACUAGAAAACAGCUUUGUGGAAACUGCCAAAUACAACAUUAAUAUUAUUAAGAACCUUGGAAAAGCCAAUCAGAUCUCCACUGUCUCAGGCAUGAACGACCCCAACAUUGAUGUUCAAAACACAAACUGUGGCAAAACUAAUGAUACAACAAAAUCUAUCCCAGUAUCUAGCUAG